AUGUUUUGUCAUCAUUGUUUAUUGUUUUGGCGCAAUAUUAACACAGCGUGGUCUGUAGAUGGAGUUGUUUCGUGGUCAAGAACUUUGUCAAAAGAAAAAUAUAGGCGAGACAAAGCUAUAAACAAAGAGAUUUUUCAAGACUUGAUUGAUAUUACUUUUUUCCUUGCAAAAAACUGUAUUGCAUUUCGUGGGCAUAAAGAAAGUUUAAAAGAAGAAUUGGAUAACCGAGAAAACUUUUUAGAUUUAGUACACUUGAUGUCUAAACGUUCUCCAUCCCUUGCUUCAUCAAUAAGAACAUCAAUACAAGAGGAAUUAAAAAUUGCCCGGUUUUUUAGUAUAUCAGUUGAUUCGACGUUUGAUUUAUCUAGAAAAGAACAAAUAUCAUUUGUAGUACGUUAUGUCAAUUCAACAGCAGGAACUUAUUUAGUGGGACAGUCUUAUGAUGGUGCUCAAAAUAUGAGAGGUAAAUUUCGUGGAUUAAAAACUUAUGUACAACAAAAAUGUCCAUCUGCAAUUUUCAUUUGGUAUUACGCACAUAGGCUAAACUUAAUCGUUGCUAAAUCUGUCGGUUGCAAUUUAAAUGCCAUAGAUCUUUUUGGUAAUCUAGAGUCUGUUUACAAUUUUAUAUGUGGAAGUAAGAAAAGAGUGGCUAUUUAUGAAACUAAACAAGAUUAUUAUUAUGGUAAAAGAACUCAUAGGUUAGAGCGAGUCGCUACAACACGUUGGAUGUCUCAUGGAUACGCCCUUAAUUAUAUAUUGGAAACAUUCAAAGCUGUCUCUGAAACUUUGGAUAAUGUCCGAAAUAAAGAAGGCUGUAAUGACCAAAGUACUGGAUAUAUUGCUGGCUGUCUUAUAGAAUACGUUCUUUCUAGGCGGAUUUUGUUAAUAGCAUUCUGUUUUAAAUACAUAUUUGGGAUUCUUGGAUCAGUCAACAUUUUAUUACAAAGGACCUUGCUAACUUUCAGCUAUGAAUAG